AUGGAAACGCUUCCAUUCUAUAACUCUGUUUUCAAUCUAUACUUGACAGGGAGAGAGCGCAGUGACUUGAUGGAGGGACAAUGCAUAGACAUCACUGUAUUAGACCUUGAUUAUAUGAUAUACCAUCAUCUGAAUUUGUGCUUGGAGCCAGGGGGACUUUUCCGUCUAAGAAGUGCAAAAGAUGUGGUGAGAAGGAAGCAACUCUCCCCUGAUAAUCCCUUGAAAGCUGGAGAUACACUUGGGUUUCGAUACGAAAGUGAUAGCAGAAUGUUGGUGUUCAAAGUUUUGAAUAGAUAGAAGGUGCAGUGCAGCAAGCACGAAUGCAACAAACAAGAAUAAAGUGAGAUAUACGUG